AUGACCAUGGUGAAUGGGUUGAAUGAGGAGGAAAAUUUUACAAGAGCUGAGUUUAGAUAUGGGAAAAAAGGAGAGGUGGUGGUGGACCAUGUCAAUGUAGAUAUGGUGGUUGUGGUGGAUUUCAGUGAUGUUUUCCCAAUCCAUAUUAUUCAUCAUCAUACAUACACUUAUCACGAAUUCGCAUCGGCAAGGUUCCCAAGGUGUUUUGAGUCUGCACUGGUGUGA